GGCAGCAAUAUCAAGGCGAGAUACAAGUGAGUCGACCGACCCCGCAGUUACAUCAUGCUCUUCCCCUAACAACUGAACAUAGUGAAAACAACAAUCCCCUCAUCCAAGUCCACACAUCAAUCGCCACAUCUGAAGCAUUUAAACAAUGGCCCUCGCAUACGGCGACAUCCCGUCCGGGGCAGAGGUCUCCCCCAAGCCUUACCAGCUUCAUAUCCCGGACGAGCAAGUCGAAGAACUCCUCGUGCUAAUUAAGCUCGCGAAAGUGGGCCCACCCACCUACGAGAGCUCGCAAGAAGACCGUAAAUACGGCAUCACGCGGGACUGGCUGCUCCAGGCGAGACAGACGUGGAAGGAAUUCGACUGGCGACCUACAGAGAAGCGCAUCAACAGCUUCCCGCAAUUCACCUACGAUAUCGAAGGCAUCACCGUUCACUUUGUCGCCCUGUUCUCGAAGAAGGCCGAUGCGGUCCCUAUUGUCCUGCUUCAUGGUUGGCCUGGGAGUUUCCUUGAGUUUCUACCCCUGCUGUCGCUCCUGAGGGAAAGGUACUCCCCGGAGGAGCUACCGUACCACGUCGUGGUGCCCUCUCUGCCGGGCUUCACGUUGUCUUCGGGACCCCCGCUGGACCGAAACUUCACCGGUGGCGACACGGCCAGGGUCAUCGAUCGGGUGAUGGUCAAUCUGGGGUUCAGGGGCGGGUAUGUGGCGCAGGGCGGGGAUAUCGGGUCGUGGAUCGGUCGCACCUUGGCUGUUGAUCAUGGUGCUUGUAAAGCGGUUCAUCUGAACGCAUGCUACAUGGACAAGCCGGCCAACGUGCAGGACUCAGCCAUCUCGGAAUUCGAGAGACAGAACCUCGCGCGGGGCGAGUGGUUCAUGACCUACGGUAGCGCGUACGCGUUCGAGCACGGUAGUCGCACCAGCACUAUCGGGAACGUUCUGGCGACGAACCCGGUUGCGUUGCUUGCUUGGAUCGGAGAAAAGUACCUCGACUGGGUCGACGAGCCGCUCCCUUUGAACGAUAUCCUCGAGUCGGUGACGUUGUACUGGCUCACCGAGUCGUUUCCUCGGGCUCUCUACCACUAUCGCGAGAACGUCCCCAUGCCCCUGUUCAAGCAAGCCGAGGACCCCAGAUGGUAUAUCCAGAAGCCGUUCGGGUUCUCGUACUUCCCGAAGGAACUCGUCCCGGUGCCGCGCGCUUGGGUCGAAACGACGGGGAACUUGGUGUUCUGGAAGGAGCAUGAUAAGGGAGGGCAUUUCGCCGCGCUGGAACGGCCUACCGUUCUGCUUGAUGAUUUGGAGGGUUUCGUGGAGCAAGUGCGGGCUGAUAUCAAAUAGUCCGACAGUAUUCCUCCGCGUAUGGAAGUCCGAACGUGGACAAUCCAGUUAGUUGUCUUCUCUAAGCAUAGGAAGAGCCAUCCGUAUACAUAC